AUGGGAGCGGUGGGGACGAGGCGGCGGCGGCGGCGGCAGGAGGAGGAGAAGGGGCUGGCACAAGAGCAGCGGCUGGGGGCGGCCAGCAGCAGCAUUAACAGCAGCCGCCGCCGCCGCCAGUAAACGCGGACGGUACCCGAGGGGACUACCCAGCCGGCUGGCGCUCGAAGCCGCGCUCGGGUCCCGCCGCAGUCGGCGGCGGGGGAUGGGCAGGCGGCGGUGGUCCCGCCUGCUGAGAGUUGAUUCCUCUCGGUCCUGGUCCUGAGCUGGAUCCGAGCCUUCCGCCCGAAAUCCCUGCGUCCGCCACGGCCCAGGUUAAAUGGAAACCACCCUUGGGAGCUGGAUGCCUGUGUAAUCUUUCUAUCACAUCAGUGAAUUGCAAUGAGUGGAGGAGGAGAGCAGCCAGAUAUUCUCAGUGUUGGAGUCUUGGUCAAAGAAAGAUGGAAAGUGUUGAGGAAGAUUGGGGGUGGGGGCUUUGGAGAAAUUUACGAUGCCUUGGACAUGCUUACCAGGGAAAAUGUUGCACUGAAGGUAGAAUCAGCUCAGCAACCAAAACAAGUUCUGAAAAUGGAGGUUGCUGUACUGAAAAAACUACAAGGGAAAGACCAUGUUUGUAGAUUUAUUGGCUGUGGGAGGAAUGAUCGAUUCAACUAUGUGGUCAUGCAGUUGCAGGGUCGGAAUCUGGCAGAUCUACGCCGUAGCCAAUCCCGGGGCACAUUCACCAUUAGCACUACUCUUAGGCUGGGGAGACAGAUUCUGGAGUCUAUUGAGAGCAUCCAUUCCGUGGGAUUCUUGCACCGAGACAUCAAACCAUCAAACUUCGCCAUGGGUCGCUUUCCUAGUACAUGUAGGAAAUGUUACAUGCUUGAUUUUGGCUUGGCUCGACAAUUUACCAAUUCUUCUGGUGACGUCAGACCACCUCGAACUGUGGCGGGCUUUCGAGGGACAGUUCGUUAUGCAUCAAUCAAUGCUCACCGAAACAGGGAAAUGGGAAGACAUGAUGACCUUUGGUCCUUAUUCUACAUGUUGGUGGAGUUUGUGGUUGGUCAGCUGCCUUGGAGAAAAAUAAAGGACAAGGAGCAAGUAGGCUCUAUUAAGGAGAGGUAUGACCACAGGCUUAUGUUGAAACAUCUCCCUCCAGAAUUCAGCAUCUUUUUGGAUCACAUCUCUUCUUUGAAUUAUUUUGCAAAACCAGACUACCAGCUUCUGACAUCCGUCUUUGACAACAGCAUUAAGACCUUUGGAGUAAUUGAGAGUGAUCCUUUUGACUGGGAGAAGACUGGAACUGAUGGCUCCCUAACAACCACCACUACUUCUACCACCCCUCAAUUGCAUACUCGUCUGACCCCUGCAGCAAUUGGAAUUGCCAAUGCCACUCCCAUCCCAGGAGACUUGCUUCGAGAAAAUACAGAUGAGGUGUUUCCAGAUGAACAGCUUAGUGAUGGGGAGAAUGGCAUCCCUGUUGGUGUGUCACCAGAUAAAUUGCCUGGAUCUUUGGGGCACCCACGUCCCCAGGAGAAGGAUGUCUGGGAAGAGAUGGAUGCCAACAGGAACAAGAUAAAGCUUGGGAUUUGUAAGGCUGCUACUGAAGAAGAGAACAGCCAUGGUCAAGUAAAUGGUAUUCUGAAUGCUCCAAGCCUUGGUUCACCAAUCCGUGUCCGCUCAGAGAUUACUCAGCCAGACAGAGAUGUUCCAUUGGUGCGGAAGUUACGUUCUAUCCACAGCUUUGAGCUGGAAAAACGUUUAACACUGGAGCCAAAGCCAGAUACUGACAAGUUUCUUGAGACCUGCCUGGAGAAAAUGCAGAAAGAUUCCAGUGCAGGAAAGGAAUCUAUUCUCCCUGCUCUGCUUCAUAAGCCUUGUGUUCCUGCUGUGUCCCGUACUGACCACAUCUGGCACUAUGAUGAAGAAUAUCUUCCAGACGCUUCUAAGCCUGCCUCUGCCAACACCCCUGAACAGGUGGAUGGAGGUGCCAGCAAUGGAUUUAUAGCAGUUAACUUGAGCUCCUGCAAGCAGGAGGUUGAUUCCAAAGAAUGGGUGAUUGUGGACAAGGAGCAGGACCUUCGGGAUUUCAGGACAAAUGAGGCUUUAGGCCAUAAAACAACUGGAAGCCCUUCUGAUGAGGAGCCUGAAGUACUUCAAGUCCUGGAGGAAUCGCCUCAAGAUGAAAAGCUCCUACUUGGUCCUUGGGCAGAAAGUGAUCAUUUAAAGAAAGAAACCUCAGGUGUGGUCUUAGCACUUUCUGGAGAGUGUCCUGCCACUGCCGCUCCAGAGCAGUAUACAGAUAGGCUAGAGCUCCAGGGUGGAGCUGCUAGUCACUUUAUUGCAGUGACACCCACGAGUCCGAUGGAGGCGCAAGCUGAAGGACCCCUCACCGCGAUUACAAUUCCUAGACCUUCUGUGGCAUCCACACAGUCAACUUCAGGAAGCUUUCACUAUGGUCAGCAGCCAGAGAAAAAAGACCUUCAGCCUGUGGAGCCCACUGUAGAACUUUACUCUCCAAGGGAGAACUUCUCUGGCCUAGUCGUAAUAGAGGGUGAACCUCCUAGUGGAGGAAGCAGAACAGACUUGGGACUUCAGAUAGAUCAUAUUGGUCAUGACUUGUUACCCAGUAUUAGAGAGAGUAACAAAUCUCAAGACCUGGGACCAAAAGACCUCACUGACCAUAACAGACUGGCUGUGAGAGAAUUUGAGAGUCUCCCUAGGGAAACGGAAGAGAAAAGCAUUCUUCUAGGAUCAGAUAAUGAAGAUGAGAAGCUAAGUAAAGGGCAGCAUUAUAUUGAGAUCGCCUCUCUUCCAGGAGACUUGGUAACUGUGGAAAGGGAUCACUCAGCUACUACUGAACCUCUUGAUGUGACAAAGACACAGACUUUUAGUGUGGUGCCAAAUCAAGACAAAAAUCAUGAGAUAAUGAAGAUUCUGGCAGUUGCAACUUCAGAAAUUUCUCCACAAGUGAUUGACCCACAUGUUGAAGGACAGAUAGGUCAGGUUGCAGCAAUGCAAAAAAGUAAGAUAUCUAAGGAUGAUGACAUCAAGAGUGAAGACUUGCCAGGUCAUCAGGGAGAUCUGUCUACUUUUUUGCACCAAGAGGGCGAUAGAGAGAAAAUUGCCCCAAGAAAUGGAGAAUUACUUCAUUGUGUUUCAGAGAAUGAACAUUGUCCCCCAUCCCGGAAGGAUGGGGUUAGGUCAUCAUUUGUAACUAGACACAGCCGAAUCCCUGUUUUAGCACAAGAGAUAGACUCAACUUUUGAAUCAUCCUCUCCAGUCUCUGCAAAAGAAAAGCUCCUCCAAAAGAAAGCUUAUCAGCCAGACCUCGUCAGGCUUCUGGUGGAAAAAAGGCAACUCAAGUCUUUCCUUGGGGACCUCUCAAGUGCCUCCGAUAAAUUGCUAGAGGAGAGACUAGCUACUGUUCCUGCUCCCUUUUCUGAGGAGGAUGUCUUCACUCCCUUUUCAAGACUGGCUGUAGACUCGCACCUGAGCAGAUCAGCCGAAGACAGCUUUCUGUCACCCAUCAUCUCCCAGUCCAGAAAGAGCAAAAUUCCAAGGCCAGUUUCAUGGGUCAACACAGAUCAAGUUAGUAGCGCAACUUCAGCUCAGUUCUUGCCUCGGCCACCACCAGGAAAGCCCCCCACAAGGCCUGGAGUAGAAGCCAGGCUCCGCAGAUACAAAGUCCUAGGGAGUAGUAAUUCCGACUCAGACCUUUUCUCCCGCCUGGCCCAAAUUCUUCAAAAUGGAACUCAGAAACCCCGGAGCACUACUCAGUGCAAGAGUCCAGGAUCCCCUCACAAUCCAAAAACACCACCCAAGAGUCCAGUUGUCCCUCGCAGGAGUCCCAGUGCCUCUCCUCGAAGCUCUUCCUUGCCUCGCACAUCUAGUUCCUCACCAUCGAGGGCUGGACGGCCCCACCAUGACCAGAGGAGUUCAUCCCCACAUCUGGGGAGAAGCAAGUCACCUCCCAGCCACUCAGGAUCUUCCUCCUCCAGGAGGUCCUGCCAACAGGAGCAUUGCAAACCCAGCAAGAAUGGCCUGAAAGGAUCCAGCAGCCUCCACCACCACUCCGCCGGCACUAAAGCCCCCCCAGGGAAGAGUAAGUCAGCCACUAAACUCAGCAGAUAGGAGCCGGGCUGCAUCUCUGUAAAAGGUGUGAGAUCUUCCUCCUGAACCUGAUGCAUGUGUGUCCCUGUACUGUCUAUUUAAAAAAUCAGUGUUGGCCUUCUCUUGCAAAAGAAAGUAACAUGAUAAAUUAUUUAUAAGAAGACAUAAAUAUAUAAUAAGGAAUUACCUAAGGCAGGCAGCAAGCAGAUCAGGAAUCAAUCAAUGCCUUUGCAUAGGAAGGGGCAAUCCAGCAGGAUCCAAGGGGAAGAUUAAAUGAACUCUCAUUUUGUAGCUGCCUUUGAACAAAAGAGUUGAAGGAAGGAGAUGGAAUAGAAUUUUAAGGGGUUUGGGCCUGUUUUGUUUUUUAAGGCAUUGCUCAAAGAUUAUACAGCAAAAAGUGAAACUUCUUGUUUUUAAUAUUUUUAUUCAAACUUCCCAACCUUGGAGAAUUAGAAUUGCUCUGAUAUUAGGAAUUGUAACAAGUCUGCUGCUGGAGAGCCAGUGCUCACACAAAUGUGGUUUGUGUAUUUAUCUAGUGUGUUGAGAGUUCACACCUUUACUUUGCCUCAUGCCUGCUACCCUCCCUGGAUUUCACAGUUUUUAAAGUUAGUCUAUCUGACCUGAUGCAGUCUUUCUUUUACUUUAACAAUACAUUCUAAUAUGCUUUUAGCAGCACAUGAUGAAAAUUCCAAAUCCAGUUGUUUUUUUUUUAGUCCUCUAAUAUUUUUCUGUGGAGCAGUAGUUCUUAGUAUAUUUUUAUUGUGAAAAAGAACUACUGAAACUUAGGUAAAGGAAGAAGUCUAAAUAGAGCUCCUUUCCAGGCUUUAGUGCUUUAGGGAGAGAGGGACAGAAUAAGGCUAAUACCCUUCAAGACGAAAGAACCCUCUUCCCUCUGUUUCCUCCUUGUUGAAGGAAGACCGACCAGAGUAGACCUUGCUUUCUUAGGUCUUCUGGAUACCAGCUAUUUCCAAUAUCAACCUCCAAGAUGAUACCAGGGAAAUACAAUGCUGUGGAGUGUGACUUUAUGCUUUUAGAGAUUUAGAAAGAAAAAUAGAGAGAAAUUAGGUACGUUGUUGAGGCUUAUAAUCCUCAAACUUUGUAUUUUAUAUAUUUAGCCAAUAAGGAAUGAGUAUCUGGGGAAAUAAAUUUAGGCUCAAUAUUUAUCUUCUAAUGUUUUAUUACCUGCUUCUCUCGUGCUUUAGUUUCAAUAUUUGGGCUUUUGGACCUGAGUUCCUUGUAACCUCAAUUUAUAAAGCUCUGAGGAGGAACAUACUCUGAUUUCACUCUUCUGGUAACAGGAAUCAGGCAAAAGUAAAUUAUGCUAGAUUUUUCAAAGGGGCUCUUUUCUACUCUGUAGGUGUUUUGUGUUGUAAAGACCUUAUUGAGGUCAGGUCAAUUGGUCUGCUUGCUGUUGAAAUUUGCCUUCUAGCAAACAUCUGUGCAUUCUUUUUGACCUUGUGUUUGCUGCCAAAGCUUAACAUGGUUGAAUUGGAAAACAAGAAAAAAAAAAAAGAAAGAAGUAUAUUUCCUCACCAAGUGAAUACAUUAUAAUGCUGCAUCAAAGCUGCCCUGAAGCUGCACUGAACUUCUCUCGUUCUCUUUAUCUGUGUUGAGCUUUUUUAAAAAAACAAA